AUGAAAAAGCAAACCAAUCAGCAAAUAGAUAAGGUCACCACCAUUUCUUGGUUGAUUCGUGGUGCACUUGCAUUUGGUCUGGUAUCAGCGCUUGUCGCAAUCCUCGACAAGCCGCUCAAGCUUGUUGGCCCAUUUGGAUUGGACAAAUAUGCCCCGGGAAAUGGAUCUGGCAUAUGCCAGCAGGUGCCGAAGCUAUCGCCAAAGAACACCAAAGCUGAACAAUAUGUUCGAGAAAAGGUAGAAUCACCGGAAUAUCACCGAGAAAUCAUCAACAAGCUUUCUGGCAUGAUUCGAAUUCCAUCUGAAAGUUAUGACGAGCUAGGGCCCAUCGGCGAAGACAAAAGAUGGGAUAUAUUUUACCAAAUGGAGGAUUACAUCCAAUCCAACUACCCAACUGUCCUCCAGAACGUCAAGCUGGAUCAUGCCAAUACGCACGGCUUGAUCCUGACAUGGGAAGGCAGCGUUCCAGCCUCAAAGGCCAAGCCAAUUCUCAUGCUUGCACACCAAGAUGUGGUUCCAGUACUGGCUGAGAAUGUCAAAGACUGGACCCAUCCGCCAUAUGAGGGCCACUACGAUGGUGAGAUUAUCUGGGGCCGUGGUGCGACUGAUGACAAGGGCUAUCUUAUUUCCAUCAUUGAGAGCUUGGAUCUGUUGAUCAAGAGCGGGUUUAAACCAAAACGAACGGUUAUAUUGGCUUUUGGUUGCGACGAGGAAAUCAGCGGAGAGAAUUGCGCAAGGCCUAUUUCGAAUUUCCUUCAUGAUCGAUAUGGUGACGACGGUAUCUUCUUGAUCAUGGACGAGGGAUCCAUGGGUAUUCACAAGGAAUUUGAUCAAUCAUUUGCUAUGGUCUCGGUCGCGGAAAAGGGCUAUCUCGAUGUCGGGAUUAAUGUCACUUCUACCGGUGGCCAUGCAAGCAAUCCGCCCGAUCACAAUGUCAUUGGCAUCCUAUCGGAAAUUCUGGUGGCAAUUGAAAAUCACGCAUUCCCUGGAAAAGUGACCACCAAGAAUCCAAUGUUCGGCUUUUUGGAGUGCGCUGCUGCGCAUGCUCCGGAAUCCAGUUUCCCCAUUUCGGUCAGGGACAAAUUGAGCAAGGUGGCUCACGGCGAUGGUUCGGCUCAACAUAAAUUGGCCCAAACACUGGAUAAUAUGAGAUAUUAUUUCAGGACAAGCCAGUCUGUUGGAAAGAUCAAUGGUGGUAUCAAAAUCAAUGCAAUCCCCGAAUCCGCAUCGACAUUGAUCAACUUGCGGCUAGCAGUGGAAACAUCCGUCUCCCAGGUUGAAGAGCACUAUGAGAGUCUCAUUAGACCCAUUGCAAAAAAGCAUGGUAUGGUCUUGGAAGGCUUUCAAUCCCCGUGUCAUUCUCCAGAAAAACGAAAAAUUUGUCUAUUUGGAGUUGAUGCCUUGGAGCCAGCUCCCGUCUCGCCAGUUGAAGCUGAAUCUUUCCGAAUUUUGUCCGGGACCAUUAAAAAUGUUCUGAAGCCAAUAGACCCAGAUGAUGAACUUAUUGUCACUCCCUACCUAAUGCCAGCCAACACCGAUACCAAGUUCUACUGGGCUUUAACCAAAAAUAUUUACAGAUUCACGCCUGUGAACUUGGUCGAGAAUUUGAACCGAGCGCAUACUACAGAUGAGUUUAUUAGAGCAGAGGAAUUUGUAAGGGAACCGCUCUUUUUCGCGAGUUUAAUCCUAAACGCAGAUGAUGCUGUUGACUUUAAAUAG